AAGUCACAAGUGAAAUCGACUCAGAGAGCAACUUCGGUCAUAUGUCUUCCGAAGAUACUAAAGAUAAAGUCAUUGUUUUUGCUAAGGAAUCCAUUACAGAGCCUAUUGAUACAGUCAAGGAAUUCAAUGAUCAAUCUAUUGUUGAAAGCGACGCGUAUCGAGAAGAAGCCGAUGUCAUCAUUGAUGAUAAUGGCGAGAUUUCAAAACCAUUAGAUGAGACUGAAAAUCUUAUUGCAUCGUUUUCUAACAAUUCAUCAAAUACAAAUACACUGUCAACUAACUCCGCGUCGACCUCCGCAUCCACCACCACCACCACUUCGGCAACUGAUACGCCAUUGUCAUCAAGAGCUUCUUCAUCACCAUCCACACCUCAACCACGUCCCCCUCCAUCAUCUCCAAUAAUUGACUCCAACGUUUUACAAUCCUCAAGCUUAAUACUGCCAUUAUCACCGGCACCCACAACACCACCUCAAAGUUUCCUACGAUCAAUACCUCCAACCCCUACUACCCCAUACUUUCCAGCUCUUACUUCGUAUUCAUCCGAAGAUUCAAAUCCUCCCUCUCCCGAGUUCCCACCUGAAACUACAUAUGGAACAUAUGGAUCAACCACACCUCAACUCAUUCCUCAAUCUUUAUUGGAAUUAGAACCAGAAAAUCCUUAUCUUGUCCCUCUAACUCCAAAUUCAUAUUCCAAUACAUAUAUUUCACCUUCUACGCCUCUACC